UGUCGAACGCGCGAAUCCUUCGUGUAUCGCCAGCUGAACAACACGAGAGAGAGCGUCUGCUCUCUCUCCGCUCACAACCACUCACACAGUGAGAGGGCGUAGCGCUGCCUUUCGUGCAUAGGUAUUUGCGCGCGCUCUCUCCCUCUCUCGCGUUGCAUGUUUUUCCUUUUGAUGUUGGGGUGUGUAUGUUCGCUCACCGCACUGCCAGCCUGCCUUUUCAUGCUCUCAGCCACCGCCGCACGGUCACCAGCAGCUUAGUGUCGGUCCGUACUCGAAGCCGGCUGGAAGCGCCUCUCUGUAUCAGUUUUUAUGUUUCGAUCACACACUCCCUUCAGUUUGUUCCAUCAGUUUUUUGUUCCUUCUUGUGUGUGGGGAUUUCGAGUAGUGUGUUGUUAGUGAAGCCUCCGAUUUGUUGAGUUUGGUUUUUUAGUGAAAAAAAAAAUCAUUGUUGUUGAGUGUUUUACGUUGUUGCAUUUAUUGGACACCUACGCAGCAGGAUUUUCCCGAGGAAAAUCACCACCCACUCACGCCGCAGCACACAACACCUAUUAGGAAAGGACUCCCACCCACGUCCUACGCCAGGAUGUUGUUGGCGGAUUUUGGAACGAAACCCUGCACCGCUAUGAGCUUGUUUCGUUUGAAGCUGGAAGGAAAAAUGAAAAAGUGAUGUUUGGAAAAAAUACUCAAAAAAUGUUAUGUGGAUUUUGUUGAGCGAAAAGCGCAAAUAUAAGUGAAAAGUAAUUGAAAAUACUAAGUUUCAAAAAGUUUGGUUUCAAAUAAAACAAGAAAAACAAAACAAAAAACUUGUGAUAAAUAUUAAAAGUGAGCAGCAAGCCGAAGAGAGAGGAGCGUGCGGGAGAGAGCGGAAAAGUCCGGAAAAGCUCCACGAAUUUCCACGCACCACGCGCGGGAAAAGGCCACGUGAAACCACGCACGAACGCAGUGGCGACGGCAGUCAACAACAUCGCGCGAGCUCAACAUCACACCACGCGCUGCUGGACAAAAGUUUAAAACCCGACUAUUCUUCGCCUCUCCAGUUUACAACUACCGUUUUUUCCUGCAAGUUUUAAGCUAUUCUUAACAAAAAAAAAGUAACCAGAGUUAAUCCACCUUACAAAGUUGCGUUAAAAAGUCCAACAAAAACGACAACCAAGAAAAGGGGAAAUCGCCAACAGUUUUUUCGCGCACUCGCGAGUUUCAAGUGCUUUUCUACAAGAUUUAAGCGAUUUUUACACCUCUUUAAUAAACGUCACUUUUUAAAACGAUUUCAAACCGGCCGUUGCUAGUUACAUUAAACAUUAAGCUUCGUAUUACUCAUCGCGCGCAAGGAAUAACCGAUAACAAACCAAUAAAACAAAAGUCAAAAGUUUUCUAUACUAAGAGGAAAUCGAUAAAGUGUCUUAUUUACAACUAGAAGAGUAGUAAAACCAAGAAUUGAAACAAAAAAAACACACAAAAAAGUAGGAAGAUUUUACCAAUCGUACACAAGUGAUACAAAAGAGAAGAAAAGUGUCUCCAAGUCAAAAGGAAAACGCAACAUAAAAGAAGUAACAAGUGAUUAAAACAGUGUAACCUAACACACCACAAGAAAAAGUAUUCAAGUCAGAGUUGGUAAACUUAUGCAAAACUACAACGGCACACACAUUAGUUUGCAAUAAACUAACUUGUCGCAGCGAGCGGAGAAUUCGUUACUCGUUAAACGCAACGGAAGAAACUGAAAAGAUCAGCUUGACAUCGGCAGCAGCAGCAAAAACGCCAGCCAGCCAUCCAUCCGAGCCGGAAGAUAUAAAUUCAUCUCGUGGCCUUUUUUUUUUCGUACAUGAACCACAAUUUUCGGCGAUCCGUCUCGCAACAGAAUCACUGACCUAAUGACGAUGGCGGAUGGUAGCUAUGACCCAAUGGGGCACAUCCAGACGGGUCGGCAGCAUCCUCACUCGCACCAUCCGGCGCACCAUCACCAUGGUACGACCGGUGGUGGCGGCGGUGGAGGUAACACCUUCCACCAGCUCGAAACCCUGCAGCUGCUUCACCAGCGGUACCAGCAGCAACAGCUGGCGGCACUCCAGCAGCAGCAACCGUCCCCGUCCAGCGUAGAGAACAACAACAACCUGCCCUCGACGGCCAACCACAAUCUGUUCCGAUCGGAGCAGAAGAAGCACAAGCGAAAGCGACUGUCAGCGGUCCUGGACAAGCUGCACCACAACGGCGUAAACCACAACAACAACAAUGUCGGCGAGGUCAGCUACAAAAUCAAGCGAUCAGAGUCGCGCUCCAGCGCCGAAGAGUCCGUCGAAGAUGUGUUCCCGUACUCGGCCAGCCCCCGCAUCAGCGUGAGCCCACUCCGGCUCAACGAGUCCGACGAGAACAACAUGAACCAGGUACAAAUCAAACAGGAACCUCAACAGUAUCUGUACAAACAGCUGCAGUACAUGAACCCGCUGGCACUGUUCAACUACUUCCCGCAGCAAACCAAACUCCUGUAUCAGGAGAUUGCUCGGGCGCGGAGCCACUCCGACUCGGAACUUCAGCAACAGCAGCAGCCGCCUCAACCGAAACCCGAGGAACCCUCCUCCCCUGUCGCCACCCCACAGGAACCUCAAGAUCCGCAGGAAUACCCGCUAGAUCUCUCCAUGAAAUCGUCCCCUUCACCGUUGGCCUGCUCGCCGGCCGGCGGCGCCUCCCAGCUGCUCCACAGCACGCCUAGUCUCGAGUCUGUGAUCAAGCAGGAACCGAAGUUGACCUUCACGCCGCCCCCUGCCCAGCACCAACCCCAACCCCAACCCCAUCAGCUGCCAUCGAUCGUCAAGGGUGACGUCGCGUCCAACAACACCAAAAAGUCCGCCGCCGCGUGCUACAACCUGAACGUGUCGCCCGUCGUCGAGGAGAUGCCGCCCGGGUCGGACGUCGCGUACAUGUGCCCCGUCUGCGGGCAGCUGUUCUCGCUCCAAGAUCGGCUCGCCAAGCACAUGGCGUCGCGCCACAAGAGCCGCUCCAGCUCGACGGACAUCACCAAGUCGUACAUGUGCGACGUGUGCCAGCGGUCGUUCGCGCGGUCCGACAUGCUGACGCGGCACAUGCGCCUCCACACCGGCGUCAAGCCGUACUCGUGCAAGGUGUGCGGCCAGAUCUUCUCCCGCUCGGAUCACUUGUCGACCCACCAGCGGACGCACACCGGCGAGAAGCCGUACAAGUGCCCGCAGUGUCCGUACGCGGCCUGCCGGCGGGACAUGAUCACGCGCCACAUGCGGACGCACACGCGGUACGAGCGCAGUGGCAGCGCCGGCGGCGGCAGCAACUCGCCCGGCUCCAGCAGCCCCGCUUCGAUGGACUCGAAGCCGCUGCUGUUGCCGGUGGUGAGUCUCGCGUCCGGGGCGAGCGCCCGCGCCGUGAAGAAGGAAGCGUACGGCAGCGGCAGUCCGGGCGGUUACGUUAUCGAAACAAAGACUGAAUCCUAGACACACGUAAAAUACGCUCUCGAAUCAGGUUCAUCAGAGUAGUUUGCAGUGUUAGUUCCGGCAUUUUUUUUCAUUAUUGAUUUCAAUUGUUGUGUUUACCUUAUUUUACGAAAUUUGCCAAUCUCUCUUGUGUUAGUAGCUUUAGAGUGUUUCCUACUUUUUUUCAUUGAUUCUUAACUGUAAGAAAUUUGAACAAUUCCCGAACUCAUUCCCGUAGAAAUUUUACUAGAAUUAAAUUUCUCCCCCUCACUUUUCCGUGUUUCAAAAACAGCAAAACGUACACAAGUAAGGAAAAAUCAGAGAACAAGAAGAAAUCUCAAAGGUUGUGAAUUAAAAAAAACUAGAAUAGAAGUUUUUAGAGGUUAAUUAACACGAUGGCCACAAACACAAAUGACAAAAGGUCCGCAGCGCCUCUUUCAGUUUGCUCACACGCACUUGUCUUCACACCCAGAUUGGUCGUGAUAGUCGUAGGAUCCUCCCCGUAAACCCACACACAUUCCCCCCUCCUGAGAAAACCCUAGUCUAGUAGUGAUUUCAGAGAAAACGAAAAAAACGUGAUUUCGAAGCUUGCCACAACAUCGAUUUCCUACGCACAUUCCCCCUUCGUUCGAUAUUUGGACAGCGAAACAACGUGGCGGUAGUCCCCACUCGCAACAUGGUAGAACGAUAUAGUGACAUCUGUAGGUAGUAGUCUAGUGCACAAACACUCUUACACACACACUAACAGAACAACAACAACUUUACAACAAACAAACAACCAAAACGAAAGUACGCCUUAAACCGUGUGCCUUAUUGUGAGUACGAACAACUCUCUCUACACACACACACAGUUAGAACAGAACACAAGAAGAAUACACUUUUUUACUGUAGAACAGAACACACACAAACACACUAAUUACACGCAAGUUCUACCCUCCAAAACUUCUCCAGGAUCCUCCCACACUGAAAAUAACAGCAGCAGCAACGACUUCCUUCAAAUUAUCUCCCUUCCCCAAACCACGUGCUUCCGGUUGAUUUCAUUACCUUAAGAUAUCCCCAACUCUAGUACUACAACUACCACUACUAUUUCCUCCCCACCUCCUCUUCCACGAAUCCAUUUUCCGGUUUGACUCCGACUCGGACAAGUAAAGACCGGCAGCGCAGUAAUCCCAACAACCAAGAAGCUAUAUAUUUAUGAUAAUUAUCUUGAGCCAGAAGGAACAAACUAAUCACACACACACACUCGCACACUCACAGCCAGCAGCAGCAGCAGCAGAAAAACUACUGCAUGAUCUUAAUUUAAAUUUUCAAUCAUGCAAAUUGAAUAUUAAAGUCAGCCAGACUUGUUGCCUCAAACUAUUUUUGCUUGCUUGCUAGCUUCUCUUCUCUUUUUUCCCACAGCCAAGCUUUUGCGUUCAGCCUUGUCUUCUUUCAUUAUUGUUGUUGUUUUCCGGCUUUUCUCCGAGUUUUUCUGCAGUUUUUCACUGCCACCACCCCACCCAGAAACCCUGGAAGAAAAGGAGCUCAACUGCAGCCGUUUUGCGGUAGAAAAAUUCUCCAUUUCCGGCCCCCACACUAAACACCCCCGCAGUAUAAGAACCACCCAACCACCCUCUCGCGUGGUCAUAUUUCGCGUUCCCCGGUAAGGUUGAGGGGAAACGGAAGUUACGCGGCAGAGGUGAUUACAACCGCACGGCAUUUAGUGUGCUGGGGGAGGUCAGUUGUGAAAAAGCAGGGAAGUUUUGAGGAGGGUGUAAAGUACCAUGCGUUUCCAUUGAUGAAAAUAAUUCAUUUUAAAUCGCUUUUUCAAGUCAAGUCAAGUAAAAUUCUGAUUUGUUGAAAAUCAUGAAAUUAUUUUUUGUUUCAAAUAUUGUUCAAUGUUUUCAAGUUUUAAUCUGAAACCCCAGCAAAAUCAGAUAUAUUAUGUCUCUUUGAUACAAAAAUUAAACGUUUGAUAAUUUGCUCCAAAAUAUCAAAACAAUAAAUUCGUGCUCAGAGCAUUUAAAUUUUAGCAUAAAAACAAAAAAGAGUAGAAACUUAAAAAAUGGUUCUUUGUUUUGAUAUUUUUGUCAAUUUCUUCCUAAAAUUUUUAAUCAAUUCUUAUUUUAAAAAAUUUAAGAAAUUUAAAAAAAUUAAACGCAGCGGGAUUAAAAUAAAUCUGAGUAAAAUUUUACUGGUGUAAUUUUUGUCAUCGAUUGCACUUGCUUAUUUUGAUUUUUUUUUUCUGAUAAACACUUCAGUUUUCAGUCAAUUGAUUGCUAACAUAUUAAUUAGUCAUGAUAAUUCAACAUUAUUAAUAUCAAUAUUUUAUUUUAAUUGAAAUUUUUCAAUUAAAAUCUUGAAUCACAAAUCAAAAUAAUAAAAAAGUGUACAGGAUUAAAAAAAUCGCUGGAAACGACCGGCGACUCAACGACCGACGAAAUGGGCGGCGGGCCAGAUGCGGGCAUAAAAAUGUCAAAAUCACUUCCCCCCCUCACUUCGUCUCACCAUCCAGCUGCAGCUUUGUUGACAAACAAACGGAGCACGCGGCAUCGAGCCAGAAUUGGGGGUGAUCAUGUGAUUAAAAAUAGAUGUUUUUUCAAGAAAAAUAAUAUUUUUCCGACCGAAUAAAAAAAUUGCGACCAUGUUCAAACAAUUAUUCCUAAUGUCGGAGAAGUGAUAAAAAAGCAAAAUUUAAAUCCAUAAUUUUUCUACCAAUUGAAUUUUUUCACUCCAACUGGCAACCCCUAGGUCUAUCCACGACCGUUUCCAAUGACCGUGAGAAGAUGCCAGAAAAUCAAGCUACGAGCUAAAUUCACAAUAUUUUUGAGAACAAUUUCGCCAUUUAAAAAAAAACAUCAAUUUUAAUCGAAUUAUUGAUAUAAAAAAUAACAAAACUACAAUGUAAAAACAAGCAAAAAAACUGUAUGAACUGUUUCCAGUUGAUUUUGUUUCCAUUUACAUUGAAAUAUUCUGAUGUUUUUUAUUCCUUUGGAAAAACUUUGAACAAUCAGUAUUAAAUCUAGAUUAAAUUUUCAAAAGGUCCUAUCUGCACAUCAAACCUAUGACUUAUAGGUUGUUUUGAAAAUUUACUUUGGAAAUUACUGACACCGUUUAUUUCCACAUUUGCAAUCAAUUCAAGGUAUUUUGGGUUCUUGAGACAAAAAUGGACCUAUUUGGAUUGUAGAUUGGAAAUGUAUUUUUAUUUAUAAAAAAAUAAAAUAUUUUGGAAAUAAUAGACUAAUUAUAUUUCUAAAGCUUUUUAAACGCUGGAUUUGAUUUGAUGUUUUGCCAUUUUCCCUCAACCUUAAAAAGACCUGAGGGCAAAAGAAUGGAAUAAUCGAAAAAAAAACUCAUUUUCGCUUGCGAACACAACACGCGAAAGAGAGAGGAGGCGAAUCACGGAAAAUGAAAUCGCUCCCGAACCAGCCGAAGAUUUUUUGUGAUUUUCAUUGCUAGCACCACUUUAAUUGAUUUGUUUUGUUUUAUUUACAUAUGUUGGUUAUCUACGAAGCCAUUUUCGACGUGUGACGUUACACCUGCAAGUGUAGUAGGAAAAUCGGUGUUCCGCUUAAUAAUCCAGGUGAUGAUUUUUUCGUCUUCAUUUUUUUCUUUCGUACGCAAGAGAUGAGAACCAUGAUCCUUUCCGAUUUUUUCUCUUGAUGAGCGUUUAUUUAUUUAUUUAUUUUUUGAUGAUGGUGCAAUACUGCAGAUUUUUUUUAUUUUAAUGAUAAAGCCGGUAAAAAUUUCAUUUAAAGUUCUAAAAUAUUUUUUCAAAAAAAUUCUAAAUUUCAAUGGAAAUUUAAGUGCAAUCAGCUGAAAUCAAUUUAAAAAGCAUUCCCUUGCGUUUAGAAUCAUUUUCAGCAUGUUUGGGUUGAUCACAGAAUCUUUUGAAAAUUUUUGAUCUUUAAUCUAAUCUAAUCAAAUCUAAAAAAAUAAAAUAAAAUAAAAAUUAAAAAAAUGAAAAAAAAAUGUUUUCAUAUUUUUUUUUAAUUUUUGAUCUUAAGCAUCGCAAAAAAAAUUUUCGUUGAUUUUUUUGUUUUUGUCAAAUCUCACAUUUUUUGAAAGCUAAUGAUUGCAAAACAACUGAACUAGUGUGAAAUGCAUUUUAAAACACUUUUUUGCAAUUCCGUCGUGAAACUACGUACUUUUCCUGUCAUUCUUGAACGACGAAAUAGCCUACUUUUCUGUACCAAAAAUAACAGAAUCGAAUAGCAACACUUUUCAACAUAAAUGCUGAAAAGUUCUACUUUUCAGCACUGAAAUGGGUGCUGAAAAGUUGAACUUUUCAGCACUUGUUUGAAAAGUAACACUUUUCAACAUUUUUUUUAUUUAAACGAUUUAUUGACAAAAUACAUGAAAAUUUGACUUAAAAUUUCACUCAAUGGGUGUUUUUCGGAAUUGCAAAAAAUGUUGUAUGGAACUCGUUGCAAAACUUGAUUUUUUCAGCACUCUUCGUAUUUAUCCAACUCGGUGAACCUCGUUGGAUAAAUGUACGACUCGUGCUGAAAAAAUCCUCUUUUUGCAACUUGUUGCAUAAACUACUAUUUGAAUUCAAAUGUUGAGACUAUGGCUUGUUAUUUCAAUUUUUAUUCAUAAAAUGGCAAUAUUUGGAAUGAAAUGGAUUUUUAAAUAUUGAAUGAUUACAGAUAAAUAUAUUUUACAUACAAUAAAUCUACCAAUAUAUCAUACAAUUUAAUUGUUUGAAGAUAGUAAAGUUUCGAAAAGAAGUUUUUUCAAACUCAAAUUCUAAGAUUUAAAAGCGGGUUCUAAAUCCAAACGAUUCCAUGAAAUUUCACACAGUUUUUUUACCUUUUAAAUUUUAGUUCAACAAUAAAAAAACGCAAAUAAACCUAAAAAUGCAUCACAUCUGUACGCCACUGCCCCAUAAUUAUCGCCGUUAUUACUUCAGAAGACCCCCCGAAACCCCGGUCACGAACCUCCCCCUGCCCAACCAGCAUCGGCACUAAAUCAUCCCUCUUACACGCACGCAAACUGGGUCACGUCACAUACUUUGCACGCACGAAAAGCUUUUUUUUCGCUGGUGCACACGGAGCGUCACGUGCAGCACCCCCACAAGGUCCACGUGUCGUCCUUUCUUACGCCAGCACCCCCAACAUUAAAAGCUUUCCAUCACCCUCAUGGGAUGGAAAAUUUGUGGUCGAAGGGGGAGGUGGUGCAAAAUAGCCGCAAUCUGCAUUGCACCCCAUUGCAUGGGUUGCAGUAUAAAUUUGUGAGCGCACGUGUGUGUGAGUGUGCCUUUUAAAAUAAUAUAGUUUUACACAGCUUACAGCAGUGACUGUCCGAGGUGGGGGGCCAGCGAGGGUGGAGCCCACCACCCUUUUCACCCUUCUUGUUGAGGUUUUUCCGGAGUGAAAUAUGAGCUGGUCUAAGCUACUGCUGCUGCUGCAUCAGGAACCAAAUGGAAGGGAAAAAAGUGCAUAAAGCUUUGGCUUUCAUCCACUAAAAGUUACCAAGGGAGGUUUGGGGAGAGAAUGAAAAUUUAUAAAAGCAUUACUAUGUGUGUGUGUACAGCGUGUACGUGUGCCUCUUUGAAAAAGUACAAUUUUCGGGUGUUGGUCGACCAUUUUGAGGGGAGGUCGAUGGCGGAGGGGGUGUUUGAGUAAAAGUUUUGCCUCAUUCCCUCUCCCCAAGGGUGGUCGUAAUUACUUUUGGGCUCCCCCUCCAGGUCCGUGCAGCAGUAGGACCUUUUUUCCAGGACGACAGUCCUGCUGGAGUCUGCAAUGCUCUGGGGACGGUCUGCCAAGUUCCGGAAUAUAUACGGGACAGACAGUGUGGCGGGUGCCACCGUGACUUGGACCUUUUUCUCGGGGAGGUCGUGCCUUUUUUUGCUGGGAUUAAGACUGUAAUUUGCCGUCCUAAGCUGUGCGGUUGUCACUGGAAAUUUAGAACGCAAUCAUGGAAACGCAUGGUACUUCAUGUUUAGGGAUUGCCCAACGAAUCAAACCUCAAUCAAAUCGCAAAUUGAUCGGAAAAUAAGUGCAAUCUGCUGCGAAUUGAACUCUUGACUUCUGCUUCACCUUUAAAUCCACAAAUUUCCUUUUCCAAAUCCUUCUAUUCCCUCCUUGAAGCAAGCAACAAAAACCCUCACUAAAUCAAAUCACGUCGUAAAACUUUUGCAAGAAAGCGUUAAAUCAUCUAAUGCUACACCCUUAACCAGUGUUGCCAGCAAAUCUACUGCUUGGCAGCGGCUCAAAAAUGCUUUUUGUUCGAGCGCGUUUAGCCCCACACACACCCCGCCACAAUGGCAGUGACACACAGACAAAACCCACUCACACACACACACUCACAUUCCAAGAAGUUUCCUUUCUUAGUCAGCUUUAAAGCCAACUCCGUUUGUUUCCAACAAGUUCCUUUUCCUUUCUAAGUUUAAGUGCAACUCACACUACCUACACAGCUUAACAAACUUUAAAAAAAACUCGAGUGACAAUUUAACAACUUUAAAUCGCUGAGAACAAAUGAGGAGGAGAGAAAAAAAAAUACAAUUCUAAUUAAUAAUGUGCCAAAUUUACCGUUAGACAAGAUGAAUUUAUAUGAAACUGUGUAAAUCAAUUUUAACAAAACAAAUACGAGCAGCUCUAACCACAACUUUUGAUACUCGAACUAGGCGCGAAACUGCUUGAACUUUUUCCACCCCCUCUCUUCUAUCUCUUCCCGAAAUCGAAAGUAAAAACAGUCCAACAGUCCAAUCCACGCAAUAACAACUAAACAAAACACUUUUAAUAGCUACUAAAAAAGCAGUAAAGUCGCAAACGCAACACACAUUAAAAAAAAAUGAGAUCUCAUAAAUUAGAGCAGCAGCAAAACUAAUAGCUAACAAAACUCACAACUUUGCAGUUUUAGACUACAUACCUAAUACUACUACUAGAGCAAGGAGCUUUUAAUCGAAGCUUUUUUUAAUCGAAAGAGAAAUUGAGGAGGAAGAAGAGUUGCAGAAGCGACUUCUGAAAAGGGCAUUUACUAAGUAUAGGUUUCUUUUCUGUGGAAAACUCCUAGCCAGUAAGUUUUAGUUUUAAAUAAAAUUUAUUUUCGUGCUUUUUUAAACGUUAGUUAGGAUAUUUUAAUUCCAUUCGAGUGCGAUCCGCGUGUAAAUAUAGCUUUAAGUUUUCAUUUUAAAUUAGUUUGAUUGGGUGUUGUCGAAAAAAUAGUAACUGAAUGAAUUCUCGAAAAAUAUGUCACGUACCUUAAAAAACAAAAUUUAGUGCUAGAAAAAAAAUCGUUCCGCAAAGCAACCAAUUGCGUCAUUUUAAAUUUACCUUGAUAAAAAAAAACAUUUCAAAAAUGUGUUCUGUGAGGAUGCUUCAAACAAGAUGAUUUCAUCGUUCGACAUUUAAGGAAAAAAAACUAUUUUGUUGAGGCUCGUUAAGUUUGUCAUCCUUACCUUUUUUAUGUUUCCUCUUUGUGUUAGUCCAGUUUUUCCUUAAAUUAUUUAUUGGUUCCCGUUUUCAUAGAACAACGAAUGAAAAGAAAAAGAAAAAGCAAACGAACAAAGCGCCUGCAAGACCUAUUUAUUUAACUUGAAAGUCCUUGAUUUUUGCUCAUCUACUUUUAAAUACCCCCUAAGUUUACGGUUUCGAAACGAUUAUUUUUGUACUAGCGUUGAACUUUACUCGGAAAGCAGAAAAAAAAGUUCAAGUAAAACCUUUCAGUUGCAAGAACAGAACAAAAAACAAACAGAACACUUGUUGUAAAACAAUCGAUUAAGACACGUACACUUAUUAAUUUAUGACACGCAAGAGAAGACGAACUACAUUUGUAAUUGAAUUAUUCCUUAAGUUUACCCUUACUUAUUUAUUGUUAAGUUAAUUUUUGUAAAGCAGUUUUUAAACGUGAAUGAAUGGAAAAUUUUAAUGAAGGUUUCGUUUUGUUACAGUACAAAAUUAUUGAUCAACUGAUUUCGCUGAAUAAAUAAAAAAUGUUUCAACAGAA